UACCACAAACCACAAAGUACAAAAAAAAAAAAAAGAAAAAAGAAAGAAAAAAAGUUUAAACAAAAUGGAAAGGUGAAAAAUUCUCUUUUCAUCGAUCGCCAAAAAGCAACCGAGAACCCCUGUCGAUCGCAGGAGAGAGGGAAUCGGGAUAAAUGGGGAAGAAAAGGAAGUCGAUAGCGACGAGCCUCGAUGAGGUUGAUCGGACUAUGUACGCCUCCUUUUGCAGCGCCGCUAACUCCUUGUCUCACCUUUAUACUCAGACCAUGAAUCAGCAAAAACUCUCCUUCCAAGCUGGCAAACGCCAUGGCCUUGAAAAAAUCUAUCAGUGGAUUUGGAGACAACAAGAGGGAGGAUCAAGAGUUACAACAAUGGAUAUCCUCAGUUACCUUCAGAAUGAACUGGACUAUGGUGAAGAGCCAUCAAUGUCACCUAGAGCACCAAGCCAACAGCAGCAUUCCCAGCCUGCAAUGCAGUUCAUGAAUACCGGUUUCAUGGUCUCUACAGGCUCAUCUGGCCAAACUGCUGUGCAGGGAACUCGCCCUGACCAUUGUGAUCAGCAGUCCAAAAAUUUAGUGUUCUCAAAUGCUUUAUCAAGUCCUGUUCGUCGGAGUCUCCAGCAUUACCACAUUGCUCAAGAAGGCUACUGUCCUAAUGGCGGCCUUCCUUCAGGAAAUGGAGCCAGGAACAAUGAACCUAGCUUUCUCCAAAACCAGACUAGGGAUUCAAAUCCUCUCAGCUCUAAUGACUCCUCAAUGGACAUGCAUGCCGAUAGUCCAUCUCAUGAAUCUACCUACUGAGAAUGCAAGGUAACUUCCUUUUGAACCCCCAACGAUUAACAAGAUCAGGAAGGGCUUUUGGUGCAUCACCAUUUUGUUUGUCGCUGCUGUUACCCAAGUAAAGAAAGCAUGACAUAAAGAUUGUUAAACAUCACACAGAAAUAAAAAGCACAUUGGCACAGGUGACUGGUUGAAGGCGUUUGAAAAAGAUUAGUGUAGUGUGUUGUCUUUGUGCGCGGUUUGUGUUUCAGUUCUAUUUGCUUGGAGGGUUUAAAUUUCAUAGUAAAGCAUUUUUUGUUCAAUCAAAAUUCAGCUACUUUUUUAAGGGGAAAAAAUAUUUCGAAGGGCUUGUUAAAAUUCUCUCAAAUUUUACUUUAUAAGAAUUCCUUGUGAUUGCUUA